AAAAAAGAAUUUCUGUUUUUUCUUUGUUGGAUUAUAGUGGACACGUGCUUAACGAUAGCCUCAUCUACGUCGUUCACCUUUCUUUCUAGCAAGUUGUCACCUUCAAAUUCCUCGCUUUCUUUCUCGGCAAACAAACACUCCUUUUGUGCCACUCUAUAAUUCUCUAUCAAUACAUAAAUACGACAAAAUACAACCAAACACUGAGCAAUCACUGAUAAGUUCCACGACACAAUACAUUCAAAUACAGAGAAAAACAGAGAGAAACAGAGAAUUUCAUGAUGGAGGUGGACGGCAUAGAGCACAGAACAGUCCAAGUCAAUGGCAUAAACAUGCACAUAGCCCAGAAAGGCCAGGGCCCACUCAUCCUCUUCAUCCACGGCUUCCCUGAGCUCUGGUACUCCUGGCGCCACCAGAUCACAGCCCUGGCCUCCCUCGGCUAUAGAGCCGUGGCGCCGGAUCUCCGCGGCUUCGGCGACACGGACGCGCCCGAUUCGCCCACGAGCUACACGUGUCUACACGUGGUCGGAGACCUCAUCGCCCUCCUGGACGCCAUAGCCCCCGACCAGGACAAGGUGUUCGUGGUGGGCCACGACUGGGGUGCGCUCAUUGCUUGGUACAUCUGCUUGUUCCGGCCGGAUCGGGUGAAAGCCUUGGUCAACAUGAGCGUGGUUUUCCCGCCUAGAAACCCUCAGAGGAAGACACUCGAAUCUCUAAAAGCUGUUUAUGGGGAUGACUAUUACAUCUGCAGAUUUCAGGAGCCAGGAGUGAUAGAAGCUGAGUUUGCCAAGCUUGGUACUGCAAGAGUUAUGAAGGAAUUUCUAACAUAUCGCAAUCCUGGUCCACUUUUCCUGCCUAAAGAUAAAAUGUUUGGACAUCCCCCAGAUGCUCCAAUCGUCUUGCCGAGUUGGUUGUCGGAGGAUGAAGUCAACUACUAUGCCAGCAAAUUUGAGAAGACAGGAUUCACUGGGGGAAUAAACUACUACAGAAACUUGGACCUAAAUUCGGAACUCACUGCUGCAUGGACUGGGGCUCAAGUGAAAGUUCCCGUUAAGUUUAUUGUGGGGGACCAGGACCUAACUUAUAAUUCUGUGGGCACCAAGGACUUCAUACACAAAGGUGGGUUCAAGAAAUAUGUGCCUCUUCUGGAAGAGGUAGUUGUAAUGGAAGGAGUUGCCCAUUUUAUCAACCAAGAAAGGCCUGAUGAAAUCAACAAACACAUUCAUGACUUCAUCGCAAAAUUUCACUAAUUGGCUGUCUAUAUAAUGUAUGUAUUUUGUAUGCUGCUGCUGCUGUUUCAAACUUUCUAUUAUGCAUUUCUCGAUCGCGUGACUUUUAAGUGCUUU